CCAGAGAUGUCGCGAGAUUUUGCGAGAUGAUAAGUUGCAGAAACAUGGCGUCGUCUAAUUUGUUAAAGAACAAGGGGUCCCUACAGUUUGAAGAUAAAUGGGAGUUAAUGCGACCCAUUGUUCUUAAACUUCUCAGACAGGAGCCAGUCACAAAGCAGCAGUGGUUUGACUUGUUUUCGGAUGUUCACGCUGUUUGCUUGUGGGAUGACAAAGGACCUGCUAAGAUUCACCAGGCCCUUAAAGAAGACAUAUUAGAUUUCAUCAAACAAGCACAGGCUCGGGUUUUGAGCCACCAGGAUGACACAGCACUCCUAAAGGCCUACAUUGUAGAGUGGAGAAAGUUUUUUACUCAGUGUGACAUCCUACCUAAACCUUUCUGUCAACUGGAGAUCACGCUAAUGGGAAAACAGGGCAGCAACAAGAAGUCCAAUAUGGAGGACAGUAUAGUACGCAAGUUAAUGUUGGACACUUGGAAUGAAUCAAUAUUUUCAAACAUAAAGAGUCGGCUGCAGGACAGUGCCAUGAAACUGGUUCAUGCUGAGAGGCUGGGCGAGGCCUUUGACUCUCAGCUAGUUAUAGGAGUCCGCGAAUCAUAUGUAAACCUAUGUUCGAAUCCAGAGGACAAGUUGCAGAUUUACAGGGACAAUUUUGAAAAGGCUUAUCUGGAUUCAACAGAGAGGUUUUACCGCACACAAGCCCCCUCAUAUCUGCAACAGAACGGUGUUCAAAACUAUAUGAAAUAUGCAGAUGCAAAGUUGAGAGAAGAGGAGAAGAGAGCACUUAGAUAUCUAGAGACACGACGUGAAUGUAACUCUGUUCAAGCACUUAUGGAAUGUUGUGUGAAUGCACUUGUCACUUUGUUCAAAGAGACAAUCCUUGCUGACUGCCCUGGAAUGAUCAAACACAAUGAGACAGACAAGCUGCAACUUAUGUUUUCUUUGAUGGACAAAGUACCCAGUGGGAUUGAGCCCAUGCUGAAGGAUCUUGAAGAGCACAUUAUCAGUGCUGGUUUAGCUGAUAUGGUGGCUGCUGCUGAGACUAUCACUACUGACUCAGAGAAAUAUGUUGAGCAGUUGUUGACUUUAUUUAAUUGCUUUAGUAAAUUGGUUAAGGAAGCCUUUCAGGAUGACCCACGCUUUCUCACAGCCAGAGAUAAGGCUUACAAAGCUGUUGUUAAUGAUGCCACAAUCUUCAAACUAGAGCUGCCAAUGAAGCAGAAGGGUGUAGGAACAAAGACACAACCUGAAUCUAAGUGCCCCGAGCUGUUGGCAAACUACUGUGACAUGCUUCUGAGGAAAACACCACUCAGUAAGAAGCUCACCUCAGAGGAGAUCGAGCUUAAACUUAAAGAAGUGCUCUUGGUGUUAAAGUAUGUCCAGAACAAAGAUGUGUUCAUGCGGUACCACAAAGCUCACCUUACAAGGCGCCUGAUCCUUGACAUUUCUGCAGAUAGUGAGAUUGAAGAAAACAUGGUAGAGUGGCUAAGGGAAGUUGGGAUGCCUGCUGACUACGUCAAUAAACUAGCUCGGAUGUUUCAGGAUAUUAAAGUAUCAGAGGAUCUGAACCAGGUCUUCAAAGAAGUGCACAAACACAACAAGCUGGCUCUACCAGCGGACAGUGUGAACAUCAAGAUCCUGAAUGCUGGCGCCUGGUCCCGGAGCAGUGAGAAGGUUUUUGUCUCGUUACCGACUGAGCUGGAGGACCUGAUUCCCGAAGUGGAGGAUUUCUAUAAGAAGAACCAUAGUGGUCGCAAACUCCACUGGCACCACCUCAUGUCUAAUGGGAUUAUCACUUUUAAAAAUGAGGUGGGUCAGUAUGAUUUGGAGGUGACCACAUUUCAGUUGGCAGUGUUGUUUGCCUGGAACCAGCGGCCAAGAGAGAGGAUCAGCUUUGAGAACCUCAAAUUGGCCACAGAGCUUCCUGAUGCAGAGCUACGUCGCACUCUUUGGUCCCUGGUUUCUUUCCCCAAACUGAAGAGACAAGUUCUGUCUUAUGACCCACCAGUUAACUCACCCAAAGACUUCACAGAUGCCACGAUAUUUUAUGUUAACCAAGAUUUCUCUCUCAUUAAAAACAACAAAGUCCAGAAGCGAGGAAAAAUAAAUCUUAUUGGCCGGCUACAACUCACAACAGAGAGAAUGAGAGAAGAAGAAAAUGAGGGAAUUGUUCAGCUCAGAAUCCUUCGAACUCAGGAGGCUAUCAUUCAAAUAAUGAAGAUGAGAAAGAGAAUCAGUAAUGCACAGCUGCAGACGGAGCUAGUGGAGAUCCUGAAAAACAUGUUUCUACCUCAGAAGAAGAUGAUCAAGGAGCAGAUUGAAUGGCUCAUUGAGCACAAGUACAUAAAGAGAGACGAGUCAGACCUUAACACCUUCAUUUACAUGGCCUGAGCAAAAGCCACUGCUCAAACAAGCGGAAAAAGGUACAAAGAGAAACAAUGCUGAUGAUCUGCAAUAUUGAAGGACUGAGCCUUUCCAUCCAAGUGGGUGCAUUUGUGUUGCGCUUUUCUGGUGUCAGCACUGUUUUGAGGCACGAGUUUGUAGAUGUCUUAGUCUCUGCUGCCCUCUAGCGUGGAUGUCACACCACUACACUGAUGCCUGCUUGUAGGUGGUCAGAGAAAAUUGUAUGUACUUCCUGCCUUAUGUUAGAAUACAGGAGGACCAGCAGUUACGAUGAUAAAAAAAAAAAAAAUCUGAUGUGCUUUUAAUGCUUUGCUUUCACAACGCCACAGUUGCCAUCAUUUUGAUGUAUUUCAAAACUGAAAAGCAAAAACCUGCUGUUGGGAAGGAUGAGGAGGAAAGAGGCACAUAUGGAGGGAGUAUUGAAUCAGUAUUUUGCCAAAUUGUGUGUGAGUGUCUGUGUGCAUGGUGUGGGUCUGUUUUUUAGUCGUGUGAGUGUACUUUCAAAAGCAUGCUGCUCUACAUAGUUUAUUCUGUUUGUGGUGGAGGAUCUGACUGUCACAAGGUGUCUGAAAAGACAGACCAGGUCUUAUACAAAUAACUACACUUGAACAAUGCAUAAACAAAUAUUUUUAAUGUUGUAGUUUUUGUCUGUAUCUUCUAACUUAAAAAGUCCAUGCAAAAUUA